AAUAUAUUGAAUUGAUCUUAUCUCGACAUUUGUCGCCAUUUCCGUCCGUGAUUACCAUUUGUCCAUCUCCGCAUCCUUCUCCGCUUGCUGCCUCGGAUAAAGAUCAACCCUCAAUGGUGCAAUCGCCGAUAAGAGCGGAGUCACCCGCCUUUAGUCGGCAGAUAACUUGCCCGUCUGGGAAGGUCAAAGCCGGGCUGGCUUGCGGUGACAGAAGCCUGGCUUUUGGAGACUUGGAGGUUGUUCUCUGUUUAAUCCGGAGAGUUAGCUUCUCGGUGGGAGACCGAGUUGACUUGGAGACUCGACUCGUCCAACGGACCGAACCCGCGUUGGAUUGGGUUGGUGUGAUGGGCUCUUGGCUUUGUCUUAGAUGAGGGCCCUGUCCACGUCAAUCGUGUUCGUGUUGAAGUGGGUUUGCGUCACUAUAUUUGGCGUGACUAUGGAUGCAUGCUCUGUUUGGAGUCUGGUUUUCCAGGUCUAGACAUAACA